AUGAAUUCUGAAACCUCCACACCAUCCACUACUGUUACACAUAUAACUGAUGUUAAUAGUUGGUCAUCCGAUCCAGCUUUAUGGCCGAACAAAAAAAAUCAAGUUGUACAAUACUGGAUACAUAGAAGUAGAUUAACUUCCAACCAAAAUUUAAAUAAUGAUUUUACCGCUUCUAGCCGUGACAAGUUUAGUUCUGGAUAUAGUGACUGGCCUCACGGACAAAGAGAUAUUAAUAAACACGAACGAAGUGUUAUUCAUUUAGAAUCACUUAGAAUAUGGAUAUCACGUACCUGUACAUCAAAGACGUUGACAAUAGAUUCACAGCAUAAAUUAUUAAUGGAGCAACAGAUAUUUUACUGGCGAGAAGUUUUACGUAGAGUAUUUGAAACGUUAAGAUAUCUUUGUGGAAGAGGUCUCGCAUUAAGAGGUGAUAGUGAAAAUUUCGGCGAUGAGCAAAAUGGAAAUUUUUUAGUUACUCUUGAGUACUUAUCAAAAUUUGACCCAUUUAUAGCUAAACAUUUAAAUGAAAAUUCAAAUAAAGGUAGAGGUAAAAAAUCUUAUUUAUCUUCAACGAUUUAUGAAGAAUGUGUUUUAAUAAUGGGAAAUAAGCUUUUGAAGAUGAUAACAAAAGAAAAGUUCAUGAACGUUUCUUAUGUGUUGAACCUGCUGUUGGUCAUUUUGGAAAAAAAUAUUGCUCAAGCUAUUUUGAAAAAACUUGAAGAACUUGAUUUGAAUAUAUUGGAUGCAAGGGGCCAAUCGUAUGACAAUGCUUCAAAUAUGUCUGGGAAGUUUGAAGGAGUACAGGUGCAUUUGAAGAAGUCUAAUAAGUAUAUGGAUUUUAUUCCAUGUACUGCACAUUCGUUAAAUUUAGUUGGAAACAAUGCAGUUGACAAUUGUUCAGCUGCAUCCGUAUUUUUUGAGUUUGUUCAACAUUUAUAUACAUUUUGUUCAGCCUCUACAUAUCGAUGGGAAACAAUUUGUGGUGAUUUAAAAAGAAUUGAUGGGAGAACUGUAGUCUUAAAGAGUUUGAGUGAAACACGAUGGUCAUCUAGAGCACACUCUACUAAAGUACUUUUACUAUGGAACAGAAUUUUAGAAAGAUUUGACAAAACUAGUGUUAAAUUACAAGAGAAGUCACUUGAUUUAUCAGUCGCUGUUAAGCUUUUAAAAUUUUUACGGGAGUAUAUUGGUUCAAUAAGAAACAAUUUCAAUGAUAUAGAAAAAGUGGCAUUAUCUCUUUCUAAAGUUAUUUCUAAAAAGUAUAAUACUGAAAAAAAAAAGAAAAAUAAUUCGUAA